UGCAGUGUCACCAACUACCACGAGUGUGGGAGUGAGGUUGAAGAAGCUUAGUUGAGAGUUACGAGAGAGAAAGAGAGAGCGCGCGAAAAGUGUUGUUUUCAUGAGUAAUCAGUGAAAGAGGCCCACACACACACCAUUCCGUUGAAGACUGUCUGGUAAACUACCUAUUAUCUCUGUCUUGACCACACUUUCACUCACCCUUCAGCGCCGGCAAAAUGAGGAACCUGCUACUCACCUUGCCGCCCAUGGAGAUUGCUCCUCUCUUCACCGUCGCAACGUGGUGGGACCAAAUCAACGCUUCCACGCGCUGGCAGAAUGCUGUUUUCUUCUUCCUUUGCGCUGCUUAUGCUCUCGUCGCUUCUAUCGCUUUAGCUCAAUUGGUGAGAAUUGAAGUUAGAGUGCCUGAGUAUGGUUGGACGACGCAGAAAAUUUUUCAUCUCAUGAACUUCGUUGUCAACGGAGUGCGAGCAGUGGUGUUUGGAUUGCACAAGUUAGUUUUUCUUUUGCAGCCUAAGGUGUUGAUUUUGGUACUGUUGGAUCUGCCUGGAUUGCUUUUUUUCUCAACAUAUACGCUUCUAGUCCUUUUCUGGGCAGAAAUUUAUCACCAGGCAAGGGGUUUACCAACUGAUAAGCUAAAGAUUGUAUAUAUUUCAGUAAAUGCCGCCCUAUAUAUUAUCCAGGUUUGCAUUUGGAUAUACCUCUGGAUAGAUGAUAACAGUGCCGUGGAGUUUAUUGGAGAGAUAUUUAUUGCAGUUGUAUCAUUUAUGGCUGCUCUAGGCUUCUUGAUAUACGGAGGAAGAUUAUUUUUUAUGCUGAGGCGCUUCCCAAUCGAAUCUAAAGGAAGAAGGAAGAAACUUAAUGAGGUUGGAUCCGUCACAGCCAUCUGUUUCACCUGUUUUCUGAUAAGAUGUGUUAUGGGUUUUCUGUCUGCAUUUGAUUCAGAUGCAUCUCUUGAUGUUUUGGAUCAUCCUCUCCUGGAUUUGAUCUAUUACAUGCUGGUUGAGAUCCUACCUUCAACUCUGGUCCUCUACAUCCUGCGCAAAUUGCCCCCAAAGAGAAUAUCAGCCCAAUAUCAUCCUAUCCGUUGAUUGUUGUUCAUAGCGAAUCCUAAUUUAUUAAUUUACCUGCCCAUUGUUUAUGAUUUAAUUGAAUGGUUCUUGGUUAGAUAGAUAAUUUUAAGUUCAUCAGGAACAACAGAUAAAGAAAAAGAUCCAGAAAAAGUCACAUGGCAGUAAUUCUUAUGGGGGUGAUUCUCAGCAGGUUUUGUAAGGUGUACAUGCAAUAACAAGUCUCAAGAGCUUGAGUUAUUUUCUGCAGUUAGUCAAAAGAGAAAAACGGUGGGAGAGGGGAAUUUUCAUGUAAUCUUGAUGUUGAAGUGUUUCAGGCACGUCUUGUGAAUCAUACAUCUAUUUACUCCAACAUUUUGUACAAUUUUGAGUGUCUUAAUUUGGAUUGUUUAUUUGUUAGAUAUGCUUCAAUCGAACAAAAUGAGUAUUGACUCUGAAUGAAUUACAUGAAGGGUGUCGCCUCGAUUCUUUAGUUGAUUUUAUGCA